AUGAAACGGGAGAGUUAUUCCAGACUCGCUGCUAUAGCAGCAAGAUCCCAUUGUAGAAUUCCAAAUCAGCUAGAGCUUGUGGCCCCAGGAUUUACAGCCGUGACCACUGUUACUUUAUGGUCCCCACAGUUCUCGUCUGGUCCCGGCCCUGCGCUCGAAAUCCAAAUUAUUCAGAUGAUAAUAAAAAACUGUCGGUCCAUGAAGAAACUUUCGAUCUAUCUAUGCUACAACGCCUAUGGCAGAGAAGAAUCCGGGGCACUUAGCAAUCUUGAGAAUAAGCUCAACGACGAAAAACGCGACCGCACGAUGAUCCCCUCUCAAUCCCGUUUGACGGACCUAUCCAUCCAAUUGAAUGACGAGAAAUAUAGGAUCAACUUAGAACUGACUUGCCGCAUAUUGCGUAUACUCUGCGAUAUACUACACGACCAUGCUAAGACUGCCACUCGGUUCGCCUUCGAGUUUUGCGGGUUAGAUGUAGACGAAGACCCGUUGUCGUACCCUGAGAUUUCAGAGGUCCCAAAUGGGCCUGGGCUGGAAUUAAAGAUGGUAGAAAGAAUAGCUCUUGGAGUGCAGCGACCAGAGUGCUGUCAGAUACUAGUACCAGGGUUUUUCCAUUUUGACGAAAAUAAAGUUAAGGAGAUAACAAUAGAUAUGGGGUAUAAUGAAUCACAUACGUUACAAGGGGUCAACUUAAUCUCAACAUUCUCGAGCCUAGAAACAAUCAUACUAUCGUAUCCAGCUGAAGCAUGGUCGCAAUGGGUGGAAAUGAUUUUGGAUGCAUGGAAGGAGGAAAGAUUUAGAGAAUUGAAGGAACUUCGGAUUUCAGUCUACGGUAGGCUAUUUGGCCAAGAUAUGCUAGAUUGGCUAUUGUACUAUUUGGGUUCCCAGCCCAACUACCAAGUGCAGAGAAUCAAUGGUAAUAGCCCUUUGUGCGAUGGCCCUAGAUCGUUACCCGACUAUGAGGCUUGUGCAUGUGUCGGGGAUUGUCCGGAUGGCUUCCUUCAUUUUGUUUUUGACUCGUCGCACAGUCGGAAUUGGUCGGCUUUUGACCCCUCGGUUCAUCCGUGCGAUGUUUUUAUAUACAAUAAGUAG